AUGGAGGUGGCGGGGAUAUCAGCACCAACCGUGACGGUUUUCAUCAGCAGCAGCCUCAACAGCUUUCGUUCUGAGAAGCGGUACAAUCGCAGCCUCACCAUUGCUGAGUUCAAGUGUAAACUGGAGCUGGUGGUGGGCAGUCCUGCGUCUUGUAUGGAACUAGAGCUCUAUGGACCUGAUGACAAGUUCUACAGCAAACUGGACCAGGAGGACGCACUCCUUGGCUCCUACCCAGUGGAUGACGGCUGCCGCAUCCACGUCAUUGACCACAGUGGUGCCCGCCUGGGGGAGUAUGAGGAUGUGUCCAAGGUGGAGAAAUACGAGAUUUCACAGGAAGCCUACGAGCAGAGACAAGACUCAGUUCGCUCCUUCCUGAAACGCAGCAAACUCGGCCGAUAUAAAGAAGAGGAACGGGCCCAGCGGGAGGCUGAGAUUGCCCAGAACCUCAUGGAGGAGAGGACUCAGGCCGAUGCCAUCACUGUGGGCAGUCGUUGUGAGGUGCGGGCACCAGGACAGCCCUUUCGCCGGGGCACUGUCAUGUAUGUAGGACUCACAGAUUUUAAGCCCGGCUACUGGAUUGGUGUCCGCUACGAUGAGCCACUAGGCAAGAAUGAUGGCAGUGUGAACGGGAAACGCUACUUUGAAUGCCAAGCCAAGUACGGUGCCUUUGUCAAACCAUCAGCUGUAAUAGUGGGGGAUUUCCCUGAGGAAGACUACGGGUUGGACGAGAUGUGA